AUGCAGAGCUGGACGUCGCGCUGUUCGCUGGGCCGCGCAGGAGCGAGGGGCGCGGUGGCCGCGAGAUCCUUCUCGUACCUGGCGUCGAGGGGCGCCGUUGUGACGGCGCGCGACCCCGCAGGGCCCAGGCUGGGGGCGCGCCAUGUCGCGAGCAGCAGCGCCGACUACGACACUGGGACGGAGAGCUGGACCGAGGACCAAACGCGGUCCGGCCUCAUCACGACGAUCUCGUACCAGCAGAGCCUCAAGAACAGCGUGUUCCUCAUCGGGCGGAUCGGCGCGGAGAUGCAGAAGUACAAGGAGUUCCCCACUGGAAAGUGCGUGGGGGAGCUGUCGCUUGCCAUCAACUCGAGCAAGGACGACGGACCGGGCCAGUGGGUCGACCUCGUGCUGUGGGACGACCUCUGCCGCGCCGCACGCGAGGAGGUCCACAAGGGGGCCAGCGUUGCGGUGCGCGGGAGGCUCACGAUCAACUCUUGGACCCCCCCUGAGGGGGGUUACAACCGCAAGACGUACCGCAUCGUCGUCGACGCCAUCUCGUUCGUCGAGUCCGCGGGCGAGAUGGGCGCCGCGAACGGCGAGGCCUACGACGCCGCGCCUGCGGGCGCGGGCGCGACGACGUCGUACGGGGACGGGUGGCAGGGCUCUGGCGGCGCCGCGCGGCAAGCGGACCCCAGCCCGCCCCCCGCGGGCGCACCCGCCGCGGACCCCGGUCCCCCGCCGCCCCCGCGGGCUGGUGGCUGGCAGGGUGGCGCCGGGGGCGCGGCCGCGGCGGGCGGCGGCGCGGACAGGCUGUGGGCCGAGUACUUUGAGAACCCGGCGGCGUGGUGGGACAACCGGAACGACAAGCAGGGCAACCCGAAGCGGCCAGACUUCAAGCACAAGGACGACCGCUCCAAGGCGCUGUGGCUCAGCUCCCGCGACACCCCCGCGUGGGUCCACGAGCGGCUGGGCCAGGCGGGCGGCGCGGGCGGCGCGGGCGGCGCGGACGACUCCCCGCCGUGGGCGUGA